AACACGCACAUAUGAUCAUAGUUCCUUGUUUUCAAUCAGAUAACGGCUAGAUUGUUGAGUUUUCAAUCAUAUAUGACCAAUUUAGGCAUGACUUUUCACAUUUAGAGAGAGAAAUAAUCAAACAUGGGUUUGAAUGCAAAAGAAAUAUCACUUCGCGUGUGCAAAAUGCUUCUGGCUUUUUACGACAAAAGCUCCACAUUUGUUCAAAGGCAUCCAGUUGUUUCUGGUUUUUUCUCAGUCUCCUUCAUCCUCUACAUAUUCCUCUCUUACAUUUACAGCUUCCUGGUUUACUUGUCCCCAUUUAUUCUAGUCACUGUCAUUUUCAUCAGAAUCUUCUGGAGUUCUGAGCAACCCCAGCUGAGAUAUGUCAAAAGAGAGAAGAGAAGGAGUGACUUCAAGCAUUCGAGGCUUGCCGGAAAGUAUUGCAGAAGUGACUUUGUUCUUGACAGAUACUAUACCUAUUCCUCACAUUAUAACACAAGUAGAAGAAGAAGUUCCAGAGACAAGAAAUGGGGAUUGCAUGGUGGUAACAAUGCUGUUUCAGAGAUAAACACGGAGAGCAAAGGAGCUAGCGCUCUUGAGAGAUUAAGAGAUAGUUCUUCUGAUAAUGGUGACUUGCCUGCCAAGAAAUCUGCAAGUCCUAAUCGACAAACCUUGCGCUCUGAACCUUCAUUGAGUGAUUUGGUUCAUUAUGGCUUGAUGGAAGGAAUUAGAGAAGAUGAGAAUGAAGGGACAAAGGAUGAUGAUAGGAUUAAAGAUGUUGGAUGUCAAAAUAAUGGUAAGAAAGAGUCCAUGGAUCUGGUUUUAUCAGAGUUAGAGAGAAAAUUUAGGAUGGAGAGUCUCAUUGCUAAUAGAAAAGCAAGAAAAGAAUUGAAGAUGCAGCUGGAUAAAGGUGUGAAUCCAACUCAUCAUCUUGCUCCUGUGCUUAUUACAAGAAGCAGCAGUUUUAAAGGUUCAAGGAGAUUUGAAGUUGAUAGAACAGAAAUCCCUGAUUCUGCGCCAUCCAUAAUUCGACCAGCAAGAACUUUUAAUUUUCUCUAUAAUUCUUCUCAGGAGAAACCUAGUUUCCAUCAAGAAUCCACUGAAGGGAACCAGAAGGACAAGACAAUCUCCGGGCAUGAAAGCUUUAGUUUAGGAAGAUUCAGAAGAUUUCCAGAUAAGGGAAAGGAAAGCCAUGACAGGUUAAUUGAGCAAAUGUUCUCCAAAUCUGGUAUCUUUGACAGUGAUGAAACUAGUCUUAAAUCUCCCAAACCACAAAGCAAUUGUAAGGAACCUGAUAGGAAUAAUGGGUUUGCAGAAAUUGAUCAGAAUAUCUCAAGCUUUCAAAGAGCUGGGCUUUCAGAGAAGCCAGGUCCAACAAUUAACCAAAUGACUCCAGAAAAGUUAAUGAAAUUUCCAAUAUCUAAAAGCACUACUAUAAAUGAAUCUCUGUUCAAAUCUCUUGCUUCUCCCAUUGAGAAGAACCCUGAAAACAUGUUCUAUGCUGGGAGGCAAAUUCAUAGAACUCAAACACAAUCCAUAGCUUCUGACUUACAAGUAGAGGUUUCAGAAGUUGGUUCACCAACAAAAACAUUUAAUGGCUCUAGUUUAAGCUCAGAUGAAGAAUCUUCAGUAUAUGAUGGGGACAAUGAGAAAGACAAUUCAUCCGGAAGUGAAGAUAUUUGGGGAAACUCAGUCCAUGUCAGAGAAGUACAUGGAAUUGGUGAUUUUGAGGGUACUCCAAAAGCAAACAUUAACUCCAAUAAGGACGUGCAUUCACCAUUUCCUUUACAAGAGAUAGAUGAAGAAAAUUCAGCUGAUGUGAGUUCAGUGUCAUCGACAUGUGAGUUACCAGGAGACACGCCAACUUGUGCAGUAAGUUAUGAUCAGAACCUUUUUGGUGAAAUAAGAGAAACCGUGACGCAAAACGAAACAGCUCAGCAUUGGAACUCUUUAGAUGUUCCAUCUUCCCAAGCAAACUCAGAAAGAUUAGAGGAAUGGUGUAACCUUUAUGAGAAUUACACAGAGGAGGCAGAAGAAGUUAGAGACAUGAAUGAUUCAGCAAGAGUUGACAAAGAUCACACACAUGACAAAAUGAGCAAUAGAGAUUGUGGUAUAUCAACUCUGCAUCAAAAAUCAAUUGCUGACAUCUCUGUUCAUUCAAAUUUGUCCUUCUCACCAAGAUCUGUAUUACCAAAGAAGAAUCCCACAGAUGAAGUUUCUUUACAUGCUUCUGAUCAACAGAAACAUACACAAGUUCCACAAUCUAAUGGUGACUUCCGUGAUUCUCAGACAAAUCAUGCUGAUGACGCUAAAUCAGAUGUUGAAGUCAUGAAAGUUGGUCAAGAUAAUUCUCUUUAUUUGGCAGAAAAGGAAGCCAUUGAUUUAACAAAACUAGCAGCUGGAACAAGUAGUGCAAACAUUCCCACUGAAGAAAAGGUGCCAUUGAAUAAAGAGAAAGAAGUUGAAUGCCAAACGUCAAUGAACCAAGAAUCAGCUGCAAAACCAUGUAUGGGUGCUAAACCAGUGGAUUCAAGACCUUCUAACAACUUUGAAUUGAAACAAGAUGAUUUGAAGGAGAACGAAGCUGUUGUCUCAUCCAAAUCAGAGAGAGAAAGUGGCAAGUCAAGUGAAACAGAACAUUCUGAAGAACCUAGACAAGUAAUUCAACCUGAGAAUUUUAUUAUGUCAACUAUGAAACAUGUUGAACUUCCUCCUGAAGACAUGCCUCACAAUAUGCAGCAUUAUGUAAGUGGAUAUUUAACCACAUAAUUCUUGAAGCCACUAAUUCUCAGUGAGUAAGAGGGAAGCUAUUGCACAUGAAUCAAAUGAAAAUGAAGCUAAGUUUCAUCCAAAUCAAUAGAAGACAGUGACAAGGACAUUGAUACAGAAAGUGUUGAAAGGAAAGUCAAAUUGCCACAGCCAG